AAUUUCCACUUCCCAAAUUUAUCAAUUCAUCACUUUCCAUUUUGAUCUCACCGUUCUCUUCCACAUCAAUGGCGUUGGAAUGGGUUGUUCUCGGCUACGCCGCCGGAGCCGAAGCCAUCAUGCUACUUCUAUUAACGGUUCCGGGUCUUAACCCGCUUCGAAAAGGGCUAAUUUCCGUGACCCGGAAUCUCCUCAAGCCAUUUCUCUCCAUUGUACCCUUUUGCCUCUUUCUCUUAAUGGAUAUCUACUGGAAAUACGAGACCCGACCCUCUUGUGAAUCCGAAUCGUGUUCUCCAUCGGAAUACCUUCGUCAUCAGAAAUCAAUUAUGAAAUCUCAGCGUAAUGCUCUUCUAAUCGCCUGUGCGCUGGUGUUCUAUUGGUUAUUGUACUCUGUUACUGGCCUUGUUGUGAAAGUUGAACAGCUGAAUAAGCGGGUGGAGAAGAUGAAGGAUUCGGAUUGAUCCGAUUCGAUCUGAUUUUGAUGGAUCCGGGUAUUCGGGUUUUUUGUUUUCGGGUCAGGUUGCUUAAUUUGGAUUUUAUUUUUGAGUUGUUGAUGUUAUAAGACAUGAAAAGCUAAUUUUACUAUCUAAUUUUUUGUUUUUCUUUACUAAAUUGAUAUUUCUGAGUAGGUCAGUAGGUGGCACUGUGUGGUUCGUAUAAGUUAUUAGUAGUAUUAUUUUCGUAGUUUCUUGUUCUUCGAUUUCUGUUAGUAUAUGUUAAUUUCUCGUAGCUCAAUUAUUGUAUUGUUUUGUUAAGAUAUUUGAAAUUUGUACUGUUUUGCGCGGUUUUU